UUAGCGGUACGAAAACCACUGCGUUAUGAAACGGUACAAACUAAAACUCGCUGUCAAUGUUGGAUGGCAUUUACUUGGAUCUCGGCAGCAUUAUUAUGCUGCCCUCCGAUUUUGGGUUAUACUAAGCCCAUAGAAAAUAAUGUCACUCAUAUAUGUAUGCUGGAUUGGGGUUCUAUGGCUGCGUACAGUACUACAUUAGCAAUUUUAGUUUUAGGUCCUAGCGUUAUAUCGAUAGUACAUAAUUAUUCUUAUAUUUUCUUUAUGAUGCGAAGAUUGAAAUCGGGCGAACCUAUACACGAUAAAGAAUAUGCAACUGCAUUAGCUGAAAAUUUAGCGAAUCCUAGUCAUAUGAUGUCAUUCGCAUUAGUGUUUGCAUUCUGGAUGUCAUGGUUACCUUGGAUCUGUUUGCGUUUAUACGAACAUAUAAUAGGUGAAGUUAUCCAAAGUACUCUCAUUAAUUUUGGUGUCGUCUGGAUUGGUGUCUUAAAUUCAUUUUGGAAAAUUAUAAUUAUGACGAGUAUGUCACCACAAUUUCGUAUUGCACUCAGAGUAUUUUGUUUAACCAUUUGUUGUAAGACUAAGGGCCGUUUGCAAGCAGAACUAAUCGGGUUGGACCCAGAUGACUAGAGUCGUUAGAUUUUCGUACAAAUUGGUCACUUCAAAAUUGUUUGUUAUUUGUUAAUUUUAAUUUUAACGAAUCACAAAAAAAUCGUUUUUCAUUUUUGUUUUUAAUUAUAACCUUUCCUUGUCUUGAUUGUAUCAAAAUUUAGUAGAUAUU